AUGGGUCUCGAAGAUUUUGAAAAGGAACUAGCAGCCAACAAGACCAAAGAGUCUGGCAGCCAGCGACACAGCAGUAGAGACGACGAGCGACGACGUCACAGACAUCACCACCGCUCGUCGCGCCAUGACGACCACGGCCACGACUCCAGACAUAAGCGCCGCCAUCACCGCGACAGGGAUGAUGAAGACGACCGCCGCGACCGUCACUCCAAGCGCAGGCGCAGUCGCUCGCCUCGUCCGACGCGCCCGCAGGACGACCAACUGGAAGCCGCCGCCAACAGGAACCUCAAGCGCGACACUUGGAUGGAAGCUCCAUCGUCACUCAACAUCGACUAUGUCCAGCGACAACGUCCCAAGUCUCCACCCUCACAAUUCGUCUCCGCAAAAGAUCAACUGGAUCGUAAGAUACACCAGCAGGACCUAGAACAACUAGCAAGAGAUCUGGAAGAAGGCGAUCAGGAGGAACAGGAUCCACCACUUGCUGAAGAUGAACCUAUACACCACGACGUAUCCUACACUUUUGGCGACCAAGGUUCCCAAUGGCGUAUGACAAAGCUAAAUGCCGUCUACCGUCAGGCCAAAGAAUCCGGCCGCUCUGAGGAUGAGGUCGCCUUGGAACGCUUCGGCUCUUUAAGGGACUAUGAUGAUGCUCGUGAAGAAGAACGUGAGUUAGACCGCCGUCAGAUGUAUGGAAAGGACUACGUCGGUCUCGAAAAGCCAAGCGGUGAGUUGUAUGCUGAGCGGAAACGAAAAGCUGGUCUGCAUCGCCAAUCACCCGAGCCUGCUGCCAAUCUUCCUGUGCCGCAACAUGCCAACCCAAAUCAGGGUCAAGUCAUACAUGAGGCUGCUCCACCAGCAACCACUGUAGCUCUGGAUCAAACCGCUCUGAACAAACUAAAAGCCCAGUUGAUGAAGGCAAAAUUGCGCAACGCUCCCAAUGCCGCUGCUCUCGAGGCCGAAUAUGAAGCCGCUGCUACUGCUGCGGCUGCCAACAACAAGCAGUCAGAUGUAGUCGUAUUGAGCGCAGUCGAGAACCGCAUGCUUGCUGGAGGUCGUGGUAAUGAGGUGAAAAAUGUUGAUAAUAAACGUGGCCGUGAGCGUGGCCAUGUUGAGGAGAACGAGGACAUGACCAUUGAAGACAUGGUGCGUCAAGAAAGGCGCACUCGUGGAAUGGCUGGUGGUGAGGGCAAAGCUUUCGCAGAGCGCAUUGCGAAAGACGCAAAGUUUACUGAUGAUCUUGAUUACAUGGAUGAAAACGCCAGCAAGCUUGCCAAACGAGUGGGAAAAUCCGAGAUCAACCUGCGCAAUACUGCUAUCGGAGACUUCCAAAAGAUGCAGAGAAUUCUGGACUCGUGUCCGCUGUGCCACCACGAAGAUACGAAUACACCUCCGGCAGCGCCCAUACUGUCUUUAGCCACCAGGGUAUACAUGACUUUGCAAACAGAACCCGAGCUUUCGACAGGCGGCGCCGUCAUUGUGCCCAUCCAGCACCGUCUGAAUUUGUUGGAAUGCGACGAUGACGAAUGGGAAGAGAUACGCAACUUCAUGAAGAGUCUAACUCGCAUGUACUACGAACGAGAAAAGGGAGUCAUCUUUUACGAAAAUGCAGCACACAUGCAUAGUCGACGUGGCCACGCAGCGCUCUUUGCCGUGCCUGUACCUCUCCAUCUCGCCGACAACGCGCCUGCUUUCUUCAAGGAGGCAAUUCUGAGUGCCGAUGAGGAGUGGAGUCAACACAAAAAAAUCAUUGACACUCUUGCGAAUUCACAGCGUGCAGGAUAUGGCAAACAAGCAUUCAGAAAGAGUCUGGUCAAGGAGAUGCCCUACUUCCACGUCUGGUUCAAUCUGGACGGAGGAUUGGGCCAUGUCAUUGAAGAUGAGCGAAGAUGGCCCAAGGGUGAUCUUUUUGCAAGAGAGGUCAUUGGAGGCAUGCUGCGGAAGGGGCCCGAGAUCAUAAAGAAGCAGGGAAGGUGGAUUAGACAAGACCCUAGAGUCGAAAGCUUCAGAAAACGCUGGGAGAAGUUCGACUGGACAAGCGUGCUGAUGGGUUGA